CUCUGCACCCAAAACCGCACCCGUUUCACUUCGGGUCCAAUGAUUCCCUUCAGUCAACAUCUCCCUCCGCUCUUCAUUCUCUCCUCGCAAGCAUGUCACUGGCGUGAUAAUUAAUUCGGGAGAUCCAAAUCGACGCUGUACCAUCUCGAAACCCUUGUGAACUUCCCCUGCCUCGGAUCUUCACUAUCCGACCUUGCGAGCAGUGAUCGUUUGCUAAAGAGGACGGCGGCGGUCACCAUAGCCCAGGAGGAGGAUGGCGCUGUUCAGGAGGCUGUUCUACAGGAAGCCGCCGGAUCGGUUGCUCGAGAUCUCCGAGAGGGUCUAUGUGUUUGACUGUUGCUUCUCCUCUGAAAUUAUGGAAGAACAUGAGUACAAGAAUUACCUGGGAUUUAUAGUUGCAGAGCUUCAGGAUCACUUUCCUGAUACCUCAUUUAUGGUAUGUAACUUUAGGGAAGGAGAUAAGAAGAGCCAUAUUUCCGAUAUUUUGUCAGAGUAUGACAUGACAGUCAUGGACUACCCUCGGCAAUAUGAACGCUGUCCAUUGCUUCCAUUGGAAAUGAUCCAUCAUUUCCUGAAGUCAAGUGAGAGCUGGCUGUCACUUGAAGGGCAGCAUAAUGUUUUGCUGAUGCAUUGUGAGAGAGGAGGAUGGCCUGUUCUCGCUUUCAUGCUUGCGGGCUUUCUUCUUUACAGGAAGCAAUACACUGGGGAGCUGAAGACUCUUGAAAUGGUCUAUAAGCAAGCUCCCAAGGAGUUGCUUCAUCUCUUUUGCCCCUUGAAUCCACAACCUUCUCACCUGAGGUAUCUGGAAUACAUAACCAGGCAAGGUGGCGGGAUGGAGUGGCCCCCUAAGGAUAAACCCUUCUUUUUGGAAUGCAUCAUACUCAGUGUUGCCCCUAGUUUUGAUGGCAAGGGAGGUUGCCGACCUGUUGUUCGGGUUUAUGGUCAAGACCCCCAAAUUCCAAUUAACAGGACCUCAAUGAUUCUUUUUUCAACUCCGAAGACCAAAAAUUGUGUUCGUCAUUUUAGACAGGAAGAGAGUGCUGAAGUAAAACUAAAUGCCAGAUGCCAUGUUCGAGGAGAUGUCAUAAUUGAGUGCAUCCAUGUGGAUGAGGAUUUGGAGCAGGAGGAGAUGAUGUGCAGAAUUAUGUUUAACACCGCAUUUGUCGAGUCUGAUAUGCUGACUUUGAAUCGUGAUGAAAUUGAUGUGGCCUGGAAUGCAAAAGAUCAGUUUCCAAGAGAUUUCAAAGCAGAGGUAAUCCUUUCAGAGUUUGCCGCUGCUGAAUCGGAAGUGACUCCAAAAGUAACAGCUACAGAUGAUCACGAUGAUGAAAGGGAGGGUGGUUCAACCGAGGAGUUUUUUGAGGCAGAAGAGAUUUUCAACAACUCAGAAAUGCAUGUAGACGCUCAAUUACUUCGUACCAAGAGCAUACUUGAAGUCAGUGGUCCAAAUUCUGAUAUUCUUUUAACUGAUAAUGUUGUGAAGAGAUUAAAAGAUACAUUUGCUUUGGAGAACUCCAAUAAUUCCAUCAAUGAAAUGUUUAAAAGAAUUGAUCGAAUGGAUGUACUUUUUGAACCUUCAGUGAUGGAAGGUCAAGUGAAAAGCACAUUUGAAGCAAGUGUUUCUGAACAGGAUGUUAUUUCUGAAAAAAAUUUUAACCUGGAUAAUGUGAUUGCACUUGAAGAGAAGAGAAUGUUAGAAAGCAGCGUUUUGAUGAGGAAAACUGAUGCUUUUUGUUCAACGGUUGAUGGAGAAUCAUCAGAAUAUGGCAAUAUCACCCCCAAAACAAUUCAUACAUCGCAGAUAACAAAUUUUAUUCAAACAGCAAUUAGUGCAGAUGUUGCAGGUUGUGAAAUGGAGAACUUCACAUUUAUAAAUGAAGGAAAUAGUAGUAUGGCUGGUAGUAAUGUUUGCAGAGAGAGCACGAAGAGUGCUAUUCCUCAGAGAACAUCCAUUUUGGAUAGUCAUGAUCUGAAGAAUGCUUCCGCAAACAAAGCAAAUAAAGUAUCUAUCUUGGAUGGAAGGGGUUGCAACGCAAUUGAUGUAAGUACAGUUGAUCAAACAAAACAUAAGAUGAAUAGAAGUAAUUGCGAGCAUGGCACGAGGAGUGAGCUGAAGGUAUAUUCUGACAGCAGAUUGGAAACCCCAUGCUCUGCAGAUCAAGUGGAAAGCAGAUCAGAAAUUACCAUCCAUGAUAAAGCAAUUAUUGCAGAAAAGUUGAUAUCCUUAAAUGAGAUGAAUAAUGUUGAAGAAAAUAAUGUAGGAGAAAUCAACAACUUAAAACAGGAAGGGGCCGUAGCUCCUCUGCCCAUGGAACAAAAGUGUACCACGGAAAUAACUCAUCUUAAGUUUGUUGUGGGUGUUUUCGUCCAUAAGGAGUCUGAGGAUGAUACAAUUGAUAAACCAAGCACCCUCAUUUUGGAUGCUGAAGCUAAGAGUGUAUUUGAAAUAAGUGAUUCAAAAAAUGAUCCGGAGAAGAUAUCUAUUUUUAAGGAACCUAUUAGUGGCGAGAAGACUCAGGUGGUUAGUUCCGUCAGUGUUCUCCAUAAAGGGAUUUGUACGCAAGGAAGCGUCGAUUAUAAAAGAGAUAACAACAAUAAAGCCAGCGAGCCACAGUCGUUCCCUCAGAUGACAGAAAGUGGUACUGAGAUACAAAAUAAUGAGAAAGUUUUGCCAUGCAUGUUAGGAAAAAACUCAACAAAAAGUAGCCAACAAUCUGAACCUGUUAUUGUAAAAAAUAAGUCUAUCCAACAAGAAGGUUCAAAUUUACUCGCAAAAACAAAACUUAUUCCUCGAUGGAUAUCCCCCAAAAGAACUUCUGAUGCUACGUCAGUACAUUGGCAGUCUAAUCCACUAUCAAGGUAUAACAGUUCACCACCUGCUUUAGCCAUUUUUUUUCAUGCAAAUGAUGAAAGGGCCAAUACUAAGGAUAUUCUAGGACAACAUGAUUCUUUGAAUGGGAAUGUUACUUCAAUGGGUGGAGCGCCAUCACCAUCUCUUUCAGCAUUGCUGCCUUCAAAGCAGAACCUUGUUCAUGUAUUAUCAUCAUGCCAUCAUGUUUCAGCUUCAUCUCUUCUGGUGCAACCUUCACCACUUUCUCCACAAUCACCAAGAAUGCCAUCGGUGCAACAAUGUAGUUUCCGCACAAAAAAAUCUUCUCCAACUCCACCUCCACCUCCACAACCUCCACCUCCACCUUCUAAGCCUGGAGAUGCUUUUCAUGUACCCUCUUCGCUUUUUUCUUACCCUCCUGAACCCCCGCUGCCUCCACCACCUCCUAUAACUUCACAAAUCUCAGUGCAUCAUUGUUCACAACCUUCUUCUCCAACCUUACGAACUGAAACAACAUUCACUCCUCCCUCUUGGCCUUCACCUCUUGCGAGCACUACUCCCCUUUCCAAAUUUUCAUCUCCUACUCUAGCUCCACCACCGCCACCUCCUCCUCCUCAUCCUCCUCCUCCACCACCACCACCACCACCACCACCCAUCUCAUAUGGAUCAUCUGUGAAGGGCACUCUUUUAUCUCCUUAUUUACCUCUAGUAUUUGAUCCACCCCCAUCCCCAUUAUUGAGGAAUUCCCCUCCUCCUCCUCCUCCUCCUCCUCAUCCUCAUACCCCUCCCCUACCUUAUGGAGGAACAUAUAAUGCUGUUCCAAUUCUUCCACCAUCUCCACCAAAGCCAAAUGUUGGUGGAUCCACACCAUCAAUACCCGCUCCCCCUCCACCUCCUCCUAAGCCAAGUAUUGGUGGAUCAAUUCCAUGGCCUCCUUUAAUGACAGAUGUUAGUGGAUCAACUUCUUUGAUAUCCCCUCCCCCUCCACCUCCACCUCCCCCUCCUCCUACUCCUCCUCUUAAACCAAUUGCUGGUGGAUCAGCUCCAUACCCUCAUCUUUUAAAUGCUUCUACGAAUAACUCUCUUAAAGCACCCCCACCCCCACUUCCUAUAUCAUCAGACCCACCUUAUGGAGGAGCAUCUAAUGGCAUCCCUCCUCCUCCUCCUCCACCUCCCUCAAAGUCGAAUAAUGGUGGAGCACCUCCUCAAAUGCCCCCUCCCCCUCCACCUCCUAUGUCAACGAUUGGUGGAUCAACUCCAUGCUCUCCUCCUUUGAAGGCCUCCAUAAAAGGCUCUUUAGGAGCAUCUUUUCCACCUCCACCUCCACCUCCUGUAUCAUCAGCAACUUUGCAGCCUCCAAAAGAUCCUCUUAUGUUGAGAGUUCCUCCACCACCGCCUCCCCUUAUUGCACAUCUUGAAGCUACACAUCCCUCCCCUCAACGUGCAAGUGGAGUCCCACCUCCACCACCACCUCCACCUAGGAGUUGUACCAAUGCUCCUCUUCACCCUGAAGGGAAUCAGGGAGCUCCACCACCACCACCACCUCCAUAUGUUGGACGUGGUAGUGCCCCACCUCUACCCAAUGGACGUGGUUGUGCUCCCCCUCCCCCACCUCUACCUGGUGGACGUGGUUGUGCUCCACCUCCCCCUCCUCCUCCUGGAGGACGUGGAACUCUACCAGCCCCCCCUAGAGCUCCUGGUGUUCCCCCACCACCACCAGUUGGUACUCCUAAUACUUCAAGUGGCUCAAGAGGUCCGGCACCCUUGAGUUCGUUGGCUAUAGGAAGAGGUCAAGGGAUUUCACGUCCUAUUGGCUCAGGCUCAUCUUCACAAGCACCUCGGAGGUCAUCGUUGAAGCCAUUACACUGGGUGAAAGUAACAAGAGCUGUGCAAGGAAGCUUAUGGGCUGAUUUACAGAAGUUUGGUGAUGCUCAAAGUGCUUCAGAUUUUGAUAUGUCGGAACUGGAAUGUCUCUUCUCCGCAGCCGUGCGAAAGUCAGAAGACAGCUCAAAAGCAGAUGGGAAGAGGAAAUCUCUUGGAUCAAAAUCUGAUAAAGUUCACCUGAUUGAACUUAGGCGAGCAAAUAACACUGAGAUCAUGCUGACAAAGGUUAAGAUGCCACUCCCUGAUCUUAUGAGUGCUGCUUUAGCAUUGGAUGGUUCUGUUCUAGAUGUUGAUCAAGUUGAUAACCUGAUCAAGUUUUGUCCAACCAAAGAAGAGAUGGAGCUUCUUAAGGGAUACACUGGCGACAAGGAAAAGCUUGGAAAAUGUGAGCAGUUUUUCUUGGAGCUAAUGAAGGUUCCACGUGUUGAAUCCAAGUUAAGAGUAUUCUCUUUCAAGAUUCAAUUUCAUCAGCAGAUUGCUGAUCUGCGAAAGAGUUUGAACACCAUUGAUUCGGCAUGUGAGCAGAUAAGGAGCUCUGACAAACUCAAGGAAAUAAUGAAGAAAAUCCUGUACCUUGGAAACAUGUUAAACCAGGGUACUGCGAGAGGUUCAGCUAUUGGCUUCCGUUUGGACAGUCUUUUAAAGCUUGUAGAUACUCGGGCAACUAACAACAAAAUGACACUAAUGCAUUAUCUGUGCAAGGUUAUUGCUUCAAGAUCAUCUUAUCUUCUUGACUUUCAUGAGGAUCUUACCAGCUUAGAAUCUGCUUCAAAGAUACAAUUAAAAUCCUUGGCUGAAGAAAUGCAAGCUAUUGUGAAAGGCCUGGAGAAGGUCGAGUUGGAGUUGACUGCUUCUGAAAGUGAUGGCCCAGUAUCAGCAGUUUUUCGGAAGACAUUGACGGGAUUCAUUGCUGUUGCUGAUGCUGAAGUGCGAUCUUUAGCUUCACUAUACAGUGCAGUGGGUAGGAAUGCUGAUGCACUUGCCAUAUAUUUUGGCGAAGAUCCUGCACGUUGCCCUUUUGAACAAGUUAUCUCUACUCUGACGACCUUUGUCCUAAUGUUUCGGAGAGCACACCAGGAGAAUUGCAAACAAGCUGAACUUGAGAAGAAGAAAGCUCACGAGUCUGAAAUAGAGAAGUCCAAAAGCUCAAAAUUCAUCAAAUGAAAAAAACAAAAAGAAAAUGAGGAAGAAGGCCAAGGAAAAGAAGCACUUGCAUGUACUUCUUUUGGUUUUGUUUUUGGUAACAGAAGAUAGGCAGAGUGACCAAAAACAGCAGGCAGUGGCGAAGGCUACAGAGCAGCAAAAAUAACAACGUUGUGAGAUGAGAUUUAGGAUCCGUUUGGGACGGCUUUUUAACUGCUUUUUAAAUCAGCUUUCUAGUAAAAAAUAAAAUGUUUGUACUAAAAAGCUACUUUACGAAGCAGUAAGAAAAUCGUCCCAAAUGAAGCUAUAGCAUUGACAUAUGAUUUACUGACAACCACCUCAAAGAAUCUGCUGUGUGCUUGAUCUGGCAAGAAGUCCCCAUAGCCGAAUGCAGAGCUUUUCUGUUGGCAUCUAUCCUGUCAAACGAGAAUCUGCUGCGGUGUUUUUGAGGCCAUAAGCUAUCGUUCUUGUUUGAUGCUGCCCUAGAUUCCGCAACCAUUGUAUAUAGUUCUUUUCCCUAUUUUUUGGUUAUUUUGAUGAUUCCUCUAUUUUUUAAUUCUUUAUAGGUUGUAUAUGUAUUAGAGCGCAGCUCAUAUUGGUUUGUUGGUUGGGAGCUUUGUCUACCAAUCAAGAAGUUGGGUUCGAGUUUUGCGUAUGUGUGGUGUGUGAGUUUGUCUUAAUUGACCUAAGUAUGUAAAAAAAAAAAGAAGAAAUAUAUAUAUUAGCUAGGCUGGUCUAUAACAAAGGGAGAAAAGAGAUGGCAACUUUUAUAUUCAAUUGAUAAAUAAUGUAUGUUAGAAUGCAGUGUUGUAUCAUAUGUGAGACGGCUUAAUUUUAUCUUUUCCAUUUCGGAAGGCAUA